UCGGUUCGGGUCUGGGCGGGAUGCUGAUGUGUUCUGUUGGUGUCGCCCUGCUCAGACAGACGGAUGCUGUGGAUCAGUUCUGAGAUCACCAGGACCACCUGACUCCCCCCACCCCCCCGCUCCUCUCCGGGUCAUGGCUCCGGAUGCUGCGAGCUGAAGCGGCGGGGAGCUGCAGAGGAGCUGUCCGUGUGCCGAGGCGUCUGAUGCGGCUGUGAGGAGCAGCAUGGCCGCCGGGAAGUUGCUGCUCUACGCCGGGCUCUCCCUGUCCCUGUGGGCCCUGGGGAUGCUGGCCGUGGCCAUGUGUUCCGACCACUGGUACGAGACCGACGCCAGGAGGUACCGGGAGCGCUGCCGGAGCUUCUCCAGCCGCCGCAAGGACCCCGGCUUCAUCUACAUCCCCAACAACAGCCUGCCGCUGCGGGCCAGCCGCACCGGGCCGGACCGGCUGCUGCUGAGCCGCAGGCAGCUGUUCGCCAUGAGCGCCGCGGAUGAAUGCAGCAGGCAGUACAACUCCACCAACAUGGGCCUGUGGAGGAGGUGCCACCGGCUGGGCUUCGACCAGGUCACCGAGGACCUGAUCCGGAAAGGUUCAAUUGCAAGAUGUUCCUACAUCAAGUACCACUACUCCUCUACUGCAAUACCCAAAAACCUCUCGUACAACAUCACCCGGACAAUAAGACAGGAUGAAUGGCACUCCCUCCACCUGCGGAGAAUGACGGCUGGUUUCAUGGGCAUGGCGGUGGCCAUCAUCCUGUUUGGUUGGAUCAUCGGUGUGCUGGGCUGCUGCUGGGAUCGUGGUCUCAUGCAGUAUGUGGCCGGCCUCCUCUUCCUCAUGGGAGGGACCUUCUGCAUCAUCUCCCUCUGCACCUGUGUUGCUGGCAUUAACUUUGAGCUUUCCCGUUACCCACGGUACCUGUAUGGCCUGCCGGAUGACAUCGGCCAUGGCUACGGCUGGUCCAUGUUUUGUGCCUGGGGGGGCCUCGGCCUCACCCUCAUCGCUGGCUUCUUUUGCACCCUGGCUCCCUCUGUCCAACCAGUCCCCAGGUCCACCUGCCCCAAAUCCCGGCAAGAAAAUGGUACCGUCUGCUAAAGCCAGCAGCAAUGAGACGACCGACUGAACCCACCAAUGGACAAAAAAAAAAACUGAACCAAACUGUUCCAUGUGCUCAUCUAUCUGAUCACCUCCACUCUAUCCUGGUUACAGUUUUAUUUUUAUGUGUGUGUGUUUAAAUGGGUGUUUUAAUGAUCUGAUAUCUUAAAAAUACAAGGAAAAAACUCAAGAACUUAAGAAAUAUUAUUGAAGAAAAAAAAAGUCUAACUCGUGCUUGUUUUAUUGUCUUGGAGCAGAUACAGAACCGGACCGUUGACAAAAACUACAAAGGAUUUACAUGGAGACAAUAAAGGACAAAGUGUGUGUAGCUUUGAGUUUGGACCUAAAGGUGGACGCCAGUGUUCAGACACAAUCCUUUUCUUGCCCAGUGUGGUUUAAUCAGAGGAGAAACCAGAUGGUUGAGAUCAAGCAAAGAUCUCAGGGAGGUUUUUAAUGGACCUGUUCACAAGGAAUGGACAAAACCUUGUGUCUCGCAGGAAUGGGCUCAUGGUUAUCAGACAUGAGUUAACGUAGAAUUUUACUGCCUGCGCUUCAUCCUGUCACGUGUGACAGGAGAGCAGUAAGGAGAUCCAAGGCCUCCACUGUUGUACAUUAUUGUACAGAAUAUUCCAGAAAAAAAAGUUACAACCAGAAAUUCUCAAACUGGAUCAUUUUCAUCCCUGUAUAGAUGUUUUUCCAUUCCAUCUGAAGAUCCUAUAAGCCAUUAGCAUUUUAUACUUUUUUUAUUCAUAGUGUAUUUUCUGUUUGAUUGAACCAUCAUGUUGUGAACAAACUGUUGACUGAGUGUUCAUCCAGAGCAAAUGUUUUCUGUGGUUUUUAUUGGUUCCAGUCAUUCAGAUGUAUGUGGGAGUCUGAUGGUGUUUGUGGGAAACUGCUUUGCUGUCUCAUAGGAGGGAAAAAAACAAUCUUUAAAAGCGCCACAAGAAAUCAAAGGCCCAGACUGAUUGACAAGAAACUCUGGAGUUUGAAAUCAGAGAGAGAGGGUACUUUGUUCAGAUCAGUGCUCUGCAGUCCUUGCGGCCCUCUUCAUGUUGGAUGACGAUCUUGUAAACACCCUGCUAACUGUAGAGCCUAUAAGAGAACCAUAUGAUUUAUAUUCAUCUCAA